UCAAUUUGAAAAUGAAAUGUCUAGUUAUGGAGGUACAGGUUACCUGGUGGAAUUCUUUUCAGAGGUGUUUGAGAAAGUGGUACAGCCAAAAUAUGGGAUGUUUAUGUAUCCUAAACCCACUUCCCCAAUGUGGUUCCCUCCCAAGCCUUCUGUGGAGAAGAAUAAAUAUUUCCUUUUUGGUAUUCUCUGUGGACUCUCAAUAGCCAACCAAAUCACUGCCUACUUACCCUUCCCACUUGCCGUCUUUAAAAAGCUGCUUAACAAAAAGCCAACUCUCAGUGAUGUGAAAGAGCUAAGCCCUGUCCUAGGAAGAAGUUUGCAGACAGUUCUUGAGUGUGAACUAGAUGAUCUUGAAGAUAGGUUUCAGCUAUGCUACUCUGUGAGUAUCCUGCAUUCUUUUAUGAUACCUUCUCAAAUGCUUAAUAAUCUGGAAUAGAGGCUAAAAAUGGAAGAAAUCCAGAGUGGUAAAAUCAGUUAAAAGAUGGCAAAGUUUAUCUUUCUGUGAGUGAACAAAUAAACUGGAAUAAAUAGGUGAGUGAUGCUAGAGACAUCAUUCUGAAUCUU